UAGAAGAGAAAAGCAAAAGAGACGAAAACAAGCAACAUCCAACACUUGGCAACUCGCAACCAACGGCGGCGGCGUGAAAAUGAGUCAAAAUUUCAUCAACCUUUCGGAGAUCCGAGAUCUGCGAACGGCAUUUGACCUGCUCGACCGCGACCAGGAUGGGCACGUGACGCCCGAGGAGCUGCAGUUUAUGCUGCGAAACCUCGGCAUCCACGUCCGCGACGAGCUGAUCGACGAUCUCCUGCGGGAAGCCAGUCGGACAGGUAACGGACUGAUAGACGAAACAGAGUUCCUCCAGUGGGUGGCAAGAAUACAGGCCCUGAAAGACGACAGCAACACCAGCAGCAGCAGUAGUAGUAGCAAUAAUCCCGCCCAGUCCGCCGACGACGAUCUGACGCAGGAUCUGGUGGCAGCGUUUCGCGUGUUUGACCGUGAUGGCAACGGGUACAUCACGCGCGACGAGCUCAAAUCCGCCAUGGACAUGAUCGGCGAGAACGUGACCGAGUAUCAGCUGAACGAGAUGCUGGAGCUGGCCGACGCGGACAAAGACGGACGAAUCAAUUAUGAAGACUUCCAGAACUUUUUCCUUAACAAUAUCGAUACAAUAGUUCCACCGCCCAAGAAAUGAGGCUAGAGGGAGUUCCGUUCCGUUGCCUCCUCCUCCUCCUCCUCCCCUGUGCUCCUUUGGACAACGCGAAAGUAUCCCGCGUCCUUGUGCGGUGUGGUUUGGCAAAGAGCACAUCCAAAGCGAAUGUAGAUGAAGUCGCAGAAGCAAAAACAAAUACCACGAACGAAAUGGAAUGGUGAACCCGAGCCCAACAAUUAUCGGAAGCCUCGAGCGGAGUUGACUUCUUCUUUGUAACUGUUUGUGCGUGUGUUUUUGUGUGCAAGUGUAUUUUUAUUUUAUCGAAGGAUGCAAAUGAAACCUUACUAGCUACCUACUUUAAUAUUUUUUCCUACCUAGAAAGUACAUAUAGCUAGUGUUAGCGAAGCCCGCAACGAACGACGGCAAGCUGGUAGCCGUUCAGUGCAAAAUAGUGUUGUAAGCAAACGGAAGUAUUACGAUGAGUGUAACUCAUGUUGACUGUGUGAAGCACAAGUGGUGCCACCUUCAGCUCUUCCUUCCGAAGAGCAGUUGAGCGCUGAAUCGCCAGGCGCUAAGAGGUGUACAGGACUUUUUGUUUGGAAAUAAAGCACCAGAAGCAGAUUGAA